GUUACUUUGCCACUAGGAACCGAUUAUACUGAUGUUUACACUUCCAUUCUUAGGAAAACCUGUGCACGAGUCAAUGGAGGCCGGACGAACCAACUCAAAGAUUGGGUUAAACUGGAGUUUAUCUGAAUUAAACAACUUUGUUUGCCAAAGCUACCCUCGCAUCAGUUUAAAUUUGGUAGGCUUUGAAUUGGCAAGGACAGGCAAAGGACGCAAGAUCCAGAAAUUGCAAGUUAGUUCUGUGAAGGAACUUAAAGCUGUUGUUGGCAAAAGCAGGCUUUACAUCGUGCCACGAGCCACUGUGUUGCAGGUAACAUCACCACCCUCUGCCAUGUCCCUGAAUUCAUUCCCACCACUCGCAGCUCCAGCAGUAGAUGAGACCUCACAAGUGGUUUCAGAUCAGGUGGCAUCCACAUCCUCUGCCAUAUCCAUAAAUUCAUUCCCACCACUCUCAAUUGCUCCGGUACAAGAUGAGACCACGCCUGUGGCUGAGAGUACCCAAGCUCAAAGUGUGGUUGCAAAUCAGGCUCUUCAAGAAUGGCGAGCAAUACGUGCCCAGCAAGACCAGGAGUAUAAUACAAGUUUGUUGGUGGAUCAGGAGAAGGAGAGGAAGAAACUAGUCUAUCAGGCUUGUGAGGAAAGACGUCAAAAGGUUUGUCUAUAA